UUUUCCAGCAACAGGAUAAGACAGUUCCGACACAGAAGUAGAAGUAGACAACACACGGGGACGCAGGCAGGAAAACGGCAACAGCACAACCGGAGAAGAAGCAAGAACAAGCAGACAGCACCACUGCACUCCACUCUACGUCCAACAGUUGGGAAGAGUGAUCCAGCGGUAUCUUAUUGCCACCGCUUCAGCAACAGCAACAGCAACAGCGCUGUUCCCAACUCCAACUCGCCUUUUACGCACGGUGAUCCAGCAGCGCCUCCGCAUCGCCAGCUCUACCAUGGACAGCGCCCGGGUGGUCAUGUUCAUCAGCGUGUGCCUGAGCGUGCUCGGCACGGUGUGCAGGGGAGAGCUGUCGUCACCUGAGAGCCGCGUCUCGGGACAGGAGGAGCAGUUCCAGAUGGGCUUCGUCGCCAGGGAUCUGGCUGAAGCUCUUGAAGGACUUUUGGAAGGAGAUCAAGACAAUCAUAUAUUGGAGAAGAAAGCCAGCAUUAUCCCACGGUGUGAUGUCGGGGAGCGCUGCGCCAUGAAGCACGGGCCGCGUAUUGGACGCCUGUGCGACUGCAUGAGGGGCACCGCGUGCAACACAUUCUUCCUGCGAUGCUACUGAGAGUGCUCGAGCUGCUGUGCACCUCACCGGUCUGGUCUCCAAGACGAAAGGAAAACUCUCGGUUCUUCAAAUGUGAACUUUCGUUAAUCAGUUUGCAUGUGUCAUUUGUUCUGAAAUACUGCCUGGAAUUGGUAAAGAAUGUUUAGAUGGAUUUAUUUUAUUUAAUAAAAAUGUCAACGGACAUGA